UCAGCGAUUGCCGCUGUCGCCUUUUUGAGGUCACUGGCAGGCUUUGGAUUUCACUCGUGUGUUCCAACAGCGUAUGACGCGCUUGGGUUCGGGAAGCGCGAUACUAUUUUGGCAGUCGCGGCAAUCGUCUUAGGUUGUCAUGCGUACGUCUUCCUCCUUUGUCCUUUCAUUGUAUUUUGGUAUUACGGGGGGCGGGUACGGAACAGCAGUCGACAUCUGCGUUGA